CGCCCUGGAGACAGAGAAGGGGCGUAGCGGGCUGCGUGCGCUCGGAGGGGAGUUGUGUGUACACCGAGGGUGACGCGACCGGACCCGACAUGAGCGGCCCGGAGCAGGACGAGGGGACCCCUGUGCCUCCCAGCCACGGCCUCUGCGAUGCUGACAGUGUCCCGGGGAGCCCAGGCGGGCGUCCGCUGCUCGGCGAGGGCAGCUCGGCCACCGUGCUGACAGGUGAGGGCCUAGCGGAGACCGUGGCGAGCCCGGCGCCGCGGGGUGUCGUGGGGCUUGAGCCCCAGAUGCUGGUGACCGCGGCCGGGCAGGGAGAGACUCCGCCUCCCGCCUCGAGUCUCCCGGCCGCUGCGCCCGUGGCUCCGGAAGACGGAGAGACGGCCAAGGCCGACGACAUCGCAGUGGCUGCAGCAGCUGAACCGUCUCAAGUGGCGAUGGAAGGAAAGGAGGAGGUGAUGGAGGUGGAGCAGAAGCCCCCGGGUGAAGAGAUGGAGAUGCUGGAGGCGAGUGGAGGGAUGAGGGAGAUGGAGGAGGAGGCAGGGCCCUGGCAUCUGGGCAUAAAUCUCCGCAUGAACCCCUUGGAGGCCAUCCAGCAGGAACUGGACACUGUGAACGCUCAGGCUGACAGGGCCUUCCAACAUCUGGAGCAGAAGUUUGGGCGGAUGCGGCGACACUAUCUGGAACGGAGGAACUACAUCAUUCAGAAUAUCCCAGGCUUCUGGAUGACUGCCUUCCGGAACCACCCUCAGUUGUCCGCCAUGAUCAGGGGUCAGGAUGCAGAGAUGUUAAGGUACGUAACCAACCUGGAGGUGAAGGAACUCAGACACCCUAAGACUGGCUGCAAAUUCAAGUUCUUUUUUCGGAGAAACCCCUACUUCAGAAACAAGCUGAUCGUCAAGGAAUAUGAAGUGAGGUCUUCCGGUCGAGUGGUGUCUCUUUCCACUCCGAUCGUAUGGCGAAGGGGACAUGAGCCCCAGUCCUUCAUUCGCAGAAACCAAAACCUCAUCUGCAGCUUCUUCACCUGGUUUUCAGACCACAGCCUUCCAGAAUCCGACAGAAUUGCUGAGAUUAUCAAAGAGGACUUGUGGCCAAAUCCACUGCAGUACUACCUGUCCCGGGAUGGAAUCCGUAGACCCAGGCGUCGCCCAGUAAGAGAGCCUGUGGAGAUUCCCAGGCCCUUUGGCUUCCAGUCCGGCUAACCUUUGCCUUCGAAAAUACAGCUGAAACAUGUCCCUUCUCACCUGUGCUUGAGCAAAUGCAGCGGGUAUGCAGUGAUUUUGAUUUUUUUUUCCUCCUGACUUCUGCAUCUUCUCUUUGGACAGUGUCUCAACCUCAAGAUUAAGAGACUACGGACAUGCUUCUGCUUUGAUGCUGUCUGUAUUCGUAUCUGCUAGUUCAUAUCCUUCAGAGCUUAACACGUGAUACUGAAGUUUGCACUGCUUGGACUCUGUUGUUUUCCUUCUGUCACCUGUUUACUGCCUCCUGGACUUCCUUUGCUUUGUCUAGGGGCCGUUUCUGUUACCUGUUGAGCAUGUGACAGUAUGGGCGCCAAGUUUGCAGACAGUUACUGAGCAUUAAUGAUGUUGUAGGAGAACAGGAGUGGGCCUCCUUUUGUGUGAUUUUUGUGACUCCUUUUCUGCACCACCACCUAUACUGCUUGCUGUUGCCUAUACCGAGCUCCACUGGCACUUGCCAAGGCUCCUCACCCUCACUCUGCCACCCCACCUUCUGUUAUUUCAAAUGAAAAGUAGUAGUUCAGAAGCAUCUGCAAGAUCAGCAGUCCAUUUAGACUAGUAGCAUUUCCAGGGAGGAUGCUCUGUCAGAGAGGCUGCAGAACUCUGGCUGCCUCAUCUGCUCUCCACCCAACUCCUUAGCUGGUUAGCAGUUCUGACAGGCUUAUAGGGGGAAGGCACUAGAUGGAAACCCGUGAGAUCUUCCUUGUAACAUACGGAAGAGCUAAAGAGGUUGUGAUGGGUACCCCUGUGAACUGGAAAGGGUUAGGAUCAAAUUAAGUCAGAUAAACAUUGGACUGAAAAUGAAGACCAGGCUGACUGAGAGUUUUCAAGUCCUGGUUGGCCAAUGGUGCAGUGAGGAGAAAUGUUUUCUCAGGAUUGCAAUAGAAAGUAUAUGGGGAGUUCCGAGUUAAUGAUUUAAAUCUACACAGGGCUUCUUUACAGCACAAGUUUGGGUUAUUUUCCUCUUCUUACUUGUGACCUGAUAUAGCUGAAAGGGUAAUAUUGUGCUCCUGUUUUACCAGCAUUUAGUAAAAUGCUACUUGUUUUUAUUUACUGGAAAAGUUUAAAUACUUUCUUUUCAUUUAUUUGAAAGCAUUUGGAAGAACAAUAGUCUUGAGUAUUCAUAACAGUUUUCAAUAUUAAUCUAAAUUCUUAGAAACAGUUUAGAUAAUCUGGUCUUUAUCAAGUUUGUCAAAUUAUUGUCUUCAUGGAAAAAUUUAUGUGAUUUGAUUGUCUUGGUAGCCUCUUAAAUUGCACAAUAGUUGUGAAAGUAAUCUGACAAUUAGAGCUAUACUGUUAGGAUAUUUGUUGUCAUUUAUAUACAAGAUGGUAAAUAAAGGCAUGGCACUCUG